GUGUGCAUGUCAUGGCCGCCGGCACCGAGCUGCCGUACUUUUCCGCUUGGCCCCAGAAAGUUUCGGUCUUGCCUGGCCGUGGACCUACUAGCGCGUGCCACCAUGGAGUCUGACCACUGCUGACCAGACAGCCACAGAGGGCUGAAGUUCUAAGCCUCUCUUCAGGCCCAGGCGGGAGGCACACAGCAGGGAAGGCAGUCUCGCCAUGGCGUCCACCAGCGCAGAGAGCCAGCUCCAGAGAAUUAUCCGAGAUCUGCAAGAUGCUGUGACAGAACUAAGCAAAGAAUUUCAGGAAGUAGGGGAGCCCAUCACAGAUGACAGCACCAGUUUGCAUAAGUUUUCUUAUAAGCUUGAGUAUCUCCUGCAAUUCGAUCAGAAGGAGAAGGCCACACUCCUGGGCAAUAAGAAGGACUACUGGGAUUACUUCUGUGCCUGCCUGGCCAAGGUGAAAGGAGCCAACGACGGGAUCCGAUUCGUCAAGUCUAUCUCAGAGCUCCGAACAUCUCUAGGGAAAGGAAGAGCAUUUAUUCGCUACUCCUUGGUGCACCAGAGGCUGGCAGACACCUUACAGCAGUGCUUCAUGAAUUCCAAAGUGACCAGUGACUGGUACUAUGCAAGAAGCCCCUUUCUGCAGCCAAAGCUGAGCUCUGAUAUUGUGGGCCAACUCUAUGAGCUGACCGAGGUUCAGUUUGACCUCGCCUCGAGGGGCUACGACUUGGAUGCUGCCUGGCCAACAUUCGCCAGGAGGACACUGGCCACUGGCUCUUCUGCUUACAUGUGGAAACCCCCAAGCCGAAGCUCUAGCAUAAGCAGCUUAGUGAGCAACUACCUGCAGACUCAGGAGAUGGCCUCCAGCUCCGACCUGAACAGUUCCCUAAACAACGAGGUGCUGGAGGGCUUUGAUGAGAUGCAGGUAGAGCUGGACCAGCUGGAGGUACGGGAGAAGCAGCUACAGGAGCGUGUGCAGAAGCUGGACAGAGAAAACCAGGAGCUGAGGGCAGCUGUGAGCCUGCAGAGGGAGGAGCUACAGAGGGAGAGGGAGCGAGGGCGCACGGCCGCCGAGGACAGCCUUUGCCUCACUCGCAUGGCGGACGAGCUCCAGAAGCAGUGGGAGGUCACCCAGGCCACCCAGAACACGGUGAAGGAGCUGCAGACUUGCCUGCAGGGCCUGGAGCUGGGUGCAGCAGAGAAGAAGGAAGACUACCACACAGCCCUACAGCGGCUGGAGUCUGUGCUGCAGCCCCUGGCGCAAGAGCUCGAGGCCACACGGGAUUCCCUGGACAAGAGGAACCAGCAUUUAGCCAGUGCUCCAGACUGGCUGGCCAUGGCUGAGCAGAAGACAAGUACAGCACCAGACACAAAGGGGCAGCCAGAGCCCAUUCCCAAUGAUGCAGCCCUAGAGAUCCAGGAGCUGGGGAAGAAGCUUCAAGCCCUAGAAAGGGAGAACACCAUGGUCCAGGAGCUCAAUAGACAGCAGAGUGUGCAACUGGAGCAGCUGGCCAGGGAGCUACAGCUAAAGGCCGAGGCCCAGGCUAGCCUAGAGUGCCUGGUGAAGGAAAUGGCCCCACUCCGGGAAGAGCUGUCUGGAAAAGGUCGGGAGGCAGCCCAGCUCCGACAACAGCUGCAGGAGACACUGGCUCACUUGAGCUCUCUGGAGCAGGAGCUGGUAGAGGUAAGGCGAGAGGAACAGCAGCAGCAGGAGGAAAAGGAGUUGCUGGAGCAGGAGGCCAGGUCUCUGACCCGGCAGCUGCAGUUCUUGGAGACCCAGUUAACACAGGUGAGCCAACAUGUGAGCGACUUGGAGGAGCAGAAGAAGCAGCUUAUCCAGGACAAAGACCACCUGAGCCAGAAGGUGGGGAUGCUGGAGCAGCUUUCUGAGCAGCCAGGCCCAGAGCUGCACAGGGUGGAUGAGAAGAAAGAGGCUCUGUUUCCCUUGAACUCUACCCUGCAGUGGGCAUGUGAGAAGCCAGAGGAGGAGCAGAGGGGCCUGCAGGAGGGACAGAUGGACAAUACCAAGGCGCAAGGGGACAACCAGGAAGAGGAACUCCGGCAGGCCAACAGAGAGCUGGAGAAGGAGCUGCAGAAUGUGCUCGGACGCAACCAGCUCCUGGAGGGCAAGCUGCACACCCUGCAGGCUGAUUACCAGGCACUGCAGCAGCGGGAGGCGGCCAUCCAGGGCUCCCUGGCCUCCCUAGAAGCUGAGCAGGCCAGCAUCCGGAACUUGGGUGACCAGAUGGAGGCAAGCCUACUGGCUGUAAGAAAGGCCAAGGAAGCCAUGAGAGCCCAGGUGGCAGAGAAGGAGGCUGCCCUGCAGUGCAAGGAGGAUGAGUGCCAGCAGCUGCGGGAGGAGGUGCAGCAGUGCAGGCAGCUGGUGGAGAACCAGUGCCACCAGCAGACCCAACCGAUUGAGGCCCUGAAAGCAGAAAAAGGCCAAGAGGAGCUUGGCCCACCCCGAGAUGAUGCAACCCGUGAGCUGGCAUCCCAGCUGGCCCUGUGUCAGGCGCAGCUGGAGAUCCAUUGUGGGGAGGCCCAGCGGCUGCAGGCUGAGGUAGUGGACCUCCAGGCCAAGCUUCAGGCUGCCCUGGGUGACAGGGACAAGGUACAGAGCCAGUUAAGCGUUACCGAGUCAGUCCUGAGGGAGCACAAGACCCUGGUGCAGCAGCUGAAGGAACAGAAUGAAGCCCUCAACAGGGCUCACGUCCAGGAGCUGCUGCAGUGCUCCGAGCAUGAAGGGGCACUACAGGAGGAAAGGGCCGGGGAGGCCCUGCACAGGGAGGAGGAGCUGCAUGCCCUGCGGGAGGAACUGUCUCAGAUGAAAUGCAGCUCCGAGGAAGCCCAGCUGGAGCACGCUGAGCUGCAGGAGCAGCUGCACCGGGCCAACACGGACACAGCCGAGCUCGGCAUCCAGGUCUGCGCACUGACUGCAGAGAAGGAGAGGGUGGAGGGGGCAUUGGCCUCUGCUGCCCAGGAGCUUCAAGCCUCCAAAGAGGAGGCCUCAAGGGAACGAGAGGGCUUAGAACGCCAAGUGGCAGGGCUGCAGCAAGAGAAGGAGAGUUUGCAGGAGAAGCUUGAGGCAGCCGAGAAGGCAGCCAGCUUACUGCCUGGCCUGCAGAACCAGCUGGCCCAGGCUGAGCAGCGGGCUCAGAGCCUCCAGGAGGCUGCACACCAGGAGCUCGACACCCUCAAGUUCCAGCUGAGUGCUGAGAUCAUAGACUACCAGAGCAGACUUAAGACUUCCAGUGAAGAGUGCACGAGCCUCAGAGGCCGGCUUGAGGAGCAGAGCCGGCAGCUGCAGGCCACCAAGGAGGUUGUGGGGAAGCUAAAGGCCACCCAAGCAGACAUGGAAGAGAAGCUGAGCUGCACCAGUAACCAUCUUAUAGAGUGCCAGGCCACCAUCCAGAGGAAGGACAAAGAGGGGGCCGCACUGCGGGAAGACCUGGAAAGGACCCGGAAGGAACUUGAAAAAGCCACAGUAAAAAUCCAAGAGUAUUACAACAAACUCUGCCAGGAGGUGACAGACCGGGAGAGAAAUGACCAGAAGAUGCUUGCUGACCUGGAUGACCUGAACAGAACCAAGAAGUACCUUGAAGAGCGGCUGAUAGAGCUGCUCAGGGACAAGGAUGCUCUCUGGCAGAAGUCAGAUGCCCUGGAAUUCCAACAGAAGCUCAGUGCUGAGGAGCGGUGGCUUGGAGACACUGAGGCAAACCACUGUCUAGACUGCAAACGGGAGUUCAGCUGGAUGGUGCGGCGGCACCACUGUAGGAUAUGUGGCCGCAUCUUCUGCUACUACUGCUGCAACAACUAUGUCCUGACCAAGCACAGUGGCAAGAAGGAGCGCUGCUGCCGAGCCUGUUUCCAGAAGCUCAGUGAAGCUGAGUGCUCCCCUGAUAGCACUGGCUCAGGCACUAGCCAGGGAGAGCUCAGCCCCACACUGUCACCAGCCCACAGUGGACCCCAAGCCACAGGAGGCCAAGGAGCAAACACAGACUACAGGCCACCAGAUGAUGCUGUGUUUGAUAUCAUCACAGAUGAGGAAUUAUGCCAGAUACAGGAGUCCGGCUCCUCCUUGCCUGAAACACCCACAGAAACUGAUUCUCUUGACCCAAAUGUGGCCGAACAGGAUACCACGUCAAACUCAUUAACUCCUGAGGACACUGAAGACAUGCCUGUGGGGCAGGAUGCAGAAAUCUGCUUGUUGAAGUCUGGAGAACUGAUGAUCAAAUUACCCCUCACAGUGGAAGAGAUCGCCAACUUUGGGGAGGGCAACAGGGAGCUGUUUGUGAGGUCCAGCACCUACAGCCUGAUCCCUAUCACCGUGGCCGAGGCAGGCCUCACCAUCAGCUGGGUCUUCUCCUCCGACCCCAAGAGCAUCUCCUUCAGUGUGGUCUUCAAGGAGGCUGAGGACACGCCGCUGGAUCAGUGCAAGGUCCUCAUUCCCACGACCCGAUGCAAUUCCCACAAGGAGAACAUCCAGGGCCAGCUCAAAGUCCGCACACCGGGCAUCUACAUGCUCAUCUUCGACAACACCUUCUCAAGGUUUGUCUCGAAAAAAGUGUUUUAUCACUUGACAGUUGACAGGCCUGUGAUCUACGAUGGAAGCGAUUUCUUGUAGCCUCACGCACCUGGAUUUUACUAGCGUCACUUCACCCAUAGGAAACACUACUCUUCUUCACCUGACACAUAAAGGACUUAAGAAUAAUAAUAAUAAUAAAAGCAGCUGCUCCAAAGCCCUGGAAGAAAGGCCCGGCUGCUCCUCAGAGGCUGUGUUGUACAGGAGCACUGUGCACCCAGCACUAAGCACCCAGCACUCUUAACCCCUGGGGCUGUUAAGGGCUCGGCAUUGUUUCCAUUGAGUAGAGACCCAGCUGUCCUCACACCCAAGGGUUGCUUUGCCAAAGGUUAAACACACAGGAGACGAUCAGCCUCUCCAGGGAUGACAGUUGGUUACAGGCCUGUGGAGAGUUUUACAGGCCAGAGGUGAGCCCACCUCUACCCCCAGAAACAGAUGCCCUGCUCUGCCCCAUGCAGGGCCUGGCAUCCUGGUGACCAUGAGCCAAGACCCCUGGUCUUGGGCUGUGAGGCCCUCAGCUACUCCCAGGAAAUAGAGGCCCAGGGCCAUUGUUUGAGUCAGGGCCCUGAGGUGCCCUCCUAAAAUCUCAACAAGACUCCUCCUGCGUGGUCUUCUCCCUCACUGCCCCAGUAUUUGGAGAUUGCUCCAAGCUGAGCAAUUUUGGAGGAGCCUCUAAGUUGCGCUUUCCUCUUCACCCUUCCAACAAAGCCCUUCACAGCCCAGGCCUCACCACAGCUUGAAGCAUCACCCAAAGAAUCAGAACUGAAGAUAAUCCGAGAAACAAGAUGCGGCUGAGGGUCUGCGGUGGCUGUGUGUGCACUACAACUAACACCCGAAUACUGGCCAUGUCGACACCACAACCAGGAAGCAGAAUUGUGCACUGGCUUAGGGCUCAGUCCUCAGACUGUAUCCUGUCCUUGUUUAUAUAAAUAAGAGCUUCUGCUUCACCUGCAGACAUGUGUUUACUAAUAACCAGGGUGAGAACCACUUUCAAAAACCAGGGCCUUCUUAGCAGAAGUCUUUGGUAACUUAAGUACCACAGUAAACAGAGGCAUGACUGAGUCUUGGUCCCCAACAGGCCACAUGUCUAGUUGCUGCUGCUCAGAAUGCACCUGACAUCCAGGAGACAUCUCCCCUUGAGGCAGAGGAAGCCUUUUCCUGGACAAAAAUUAGAAAAUUUUCUGUUUUCUGUGAUCCUUUUCUCCUCCUACCACAGAGGGCCCACCUUUGAUGUCCUCUUUGUCCCUUGUUCACAGAGCCAGCUGCCCACACUCAGACCCCAGGUACUUCCACAGGUGAGCAGAGCAUCUGAUGAAAGGGUCCUCUUUGGCCAGGGAGGAGGGAGAGAGCACUAUACAGGUUGUGUGAGGAUAUGAGGGCUCAGCCCAGCUAUGUCUCCAGCCAGCCCUGUGAUCCAGACCCAGUCAUACCUGAGAGCUUCACUAUAGCAUUCAUGACCCUAUUCUGUCCCGUUUUGAGGGCAGGAAUGGGUCAUGGACUCCAGUAAAGUCCAGCCCAGAUCUCAAAACCACUGCAAACCUGCAGCCACAGCCUCACCACCAGCAAAAAGGACUCUCAUGGGAGCAUAAGGAAGAAGAGAGAAGUUGUGGAAUGGACGCAGGAGAGUUGGACACUCCCAGUCAGCUUAAGCAGGGCAUGAGAAGCGGUGUGCACAGAGCCUCUCAGUGAGGCCCAGAGAACAGCUGGACCUCUUGCAUUGUCUUUCCAUGGAGCAGCUCUUAUCAUCUUCUGGUCAAGGCCCUGGCUGUGCUUAGCACUGGAACAGAAAGUGGCCAGGCCCCCAGAAACUAUCUAGCCUCAUGUUUAUCCUCACAGCCAUGCCUCAUAGCCUGGGAUGAUUCAAGAGCAAAUUAUCCUACCUUUGAAUCCCCCAUUUCGCAAAGGAUAGUGAGAAGUCAGCUCGUUCAGUGUAAGAAAGAAACUAACAAAAGAGGACCCAGAGCAGUCUAGAGUCUUUAUUCUGAUGCUUAGCUUUCCCAGGAUACCCUGCAGACUCUGGCCAAGCUGAUGGCCUUCUGCUGGCAUCAUCGCCACCAUGUGCAGUGAGAACCACCACUCAGUGAGUAGUUGAUGUGUUUGGGGCCUGUGAAGGGCCUGAGAUUCCAUCAGAGAUGCACUCUGAACAUCUGUCACUCAGCACAUCAGGGGACCAAUGCAGCUUAAAAAUAACCUGGCUCUUGGAAAACACCCCAGAACCUCUGUUCCAGGAGAGCUGAGGGGUUUUGGUGCGCCACCUCCAACAGUGACCACCCUGUACAAAAAAGGCCUUUCUGCAUCCGGAGGACUGCCCGGUGCCCCAGUGGUCACUUCCUGACUCUGGCAUCGCAUAUUUAAGUUUUGUGCUGGAUGGACAUUUGUACUUUAUUUAUUAGUUCGCUGUUCAAGCUCGAGAUUGCUGUGCACUGUGCAGCUAGAGAAUAUCUUGGCCUAUUUAAGUAAGGCUUUGAUAAAUAGCUUUAAUCUUCUUCCUACCUUUACCGAGGAUUAAGGACUGGGGUACCUUUAAAAAAUGCAAAUAGCAAUUGAAGAACCACUGCUGAAGGGGGUAGCCUGCCUAGACUGAAUUACACUAGAAAUCAGCAAGAUUGGGAUCCCAGAUCACUAUUUUCUUUAAAAAAAAAAAAAAAAAAAAAAAAAAACAACCAGCCCCC